AUGUUCCGCACCGCCCUCUUACAACUAGUCCUCGCCGCCUCGUUAGUAUCCGGCCACAUUCUCAUCACAUACCCCGGCACAAGAGGCAACAACUUUAUAACAAACGAUACCUUUCCCUUUGGAAUGCAAUGGACUCAUCCAUGUGGCGGUCUCGGACUCUCAAGGAAUAGGACCUACUGGCCCACGACCGGCGGCACAGUCGCUUUCCAACCCGGCUGGUUCUCUGGUCAUGCUACGGCCCUUCUCUACAUCAACAUCGGUAUCGACACCGACGGCCCCGAUGGUGGUCCACUGAACUACACCACUCCGCUCGUGAAGCCGUGGCAGCUCCUCGGUCCUUCCAACGGACCUUAUCCUGGCACUCUUUGCAUCGAGGACAUCGCCGUGCCUGAGGCCUUGGGUGUUAAGCCCGGCGACAACGCGACUAUCCAGAUCGUAGAACUUGCGAAUCACGGAGCAUCACUCUUUGCUUGCUCCGAUAUCAUCUUCGUCGAACCCGGCGACUCCCGCCUCCCACCCCUCAACGACUCCGUCUGCUUCAACACCACAGAACUCGGCUUCGGAGAUCUGUACACCGUCACGACCAAGAAGCCCGUCUUCCUCAACGGCACCAAGUCUUCGUCCGCUCUCCGGCAAGUCGACUCCAGUUCCGCCCUGAGAUUAUUAGCUGGAUUGGUGCCUGCUGUUGUUGGUGGUCUGUCGUUGUUCCUGUAG